AUGAUAUGCUUCCUCAGCGAUUUGGUCCCUCUUGAUGAUGCGUCCAAACCCCGCGGCCUCCGCAGCGUCGGGCCAACCCCGCGGCGGCCCCGCCCCCUCCAGAAGCCCCGCCCCCUCCCCAGCGCUGGGCAGGCCGCGCUCUGGUGGGCUGGCUGUACCCGGAAAGCGGCCGAUGGGAACUGAGGUGGAGGCGGCGGUCGCUCCCGCGGGCUCUCCUCGCUGUUCGCCGUUGUCCCCUGCCUGUUCUGCCACACGGCAGCGCAGCUGAGCUUUUCCACGCCCGGCUCCCGGCCGCGGCCAAAGCCUCAGCUCUAGGUAGUGUCCGAGUCAGAAUAGAUGUUGGAACAGGUGUCGGAGUCGGUUUCUGAGCUCCUGUCGAGAUCCGAGCCUGUAUCCGAAUCGGUGUCUGAGUCCGAGCCCGGGCAGGGCCCCGAAGUGCUGCUGCUGGGGCUGGGGCCGGGGUCUGGCCCAGGUGAAGGGGCCGGGUCCUUCACCAAGACCACAACAGUUCAGCAGGAAAACUUGCCUUUGACCAAACUCUUGCCGGGGCCUCUGCCUGUUUGUCGACCGGGACAGUCAAGGGCAUUGUUUGGGGGAACAUUUUCAGGGCCUGGCAUGACCUCCGCCGCCCCAACGAUCUUACUGCCUGUGGACAGCUUCAAGGGCUGGCUCCUCAAGUGGACCAACUACCUGAAGGGCUAUCAGAGGCGCUGGUUCGUGCUCAGCAAUGGACUUCUGUCUUAUUACAGAAAUCAGGGUGAAAUGGCCCACACCUGCCGGGGCACCAUCAACCUGUCCACAGCACACAUUGACACAGAGGACUCUUGCAACAUUCUGCUGACCUGUGGGGCAAGAACCUACCACCUCAAGGCCAGCUCAGAGGUGGAGCGGCAGCAGUGGAUCACUGCCUUGGAGCUGGCCAAGGCCAAGGCGGUCCGCAUGAUGAGCAACCACUCAGAUGACUCUGGGGAUGACGACGACGAAACUGCCUCCCCAUCAGACAAGAGUGAGCUGCACCAUACCAUUAAGAACCUCUCCUUGAAGUUAGACGAACUGAGCACCUGCAAUGACCUCAUUUCAAAGCACGGCGCUGCCCUCCAACGCUCUCUGAACGAGCUGGACAACCUCAAGAUCCCUUCCGACAGCAGCGAGAAGCUGAAAGUAGUGAACGAACGGGCCACACUUUUUCGCAUCACAUCAAAUGCUAUGAUCAACGAACAGCAGUUGCUGAGCCCAGAGGGCGGUGUGGCCGUGCUCAGCCCUUGGCUCAGUGAGCCCUCCCUGAGUCCCAGCCCCGCCCAGUCAGCGCCCCUGUCAGCCCCAGGCCUAAUCCAGCUUAGCCACCUCAGCAACACGCAGCCCAGCUCAGCAUUCCAGGGCAGCAGAGCCAGGCCGCCGGCCCCUCACCCCCAAGUCUCUGGACCCUUGCGGCAUUCCUCUAAGGCAGCAGGUGAGCGGGACGUGGCUGAGCCCUCAUCCCGAGGGCAUGAGAGGUUGGAGCUGUGGGUGAGGCAGGGAGGCCACUGUAGAGCUAGUCACAGGCCAAAAUGCAGCAGUCAGGCCUGGAGCCUGGGAAGCCUCUUGACUCUCAAAGGAGAGGACAGUGAGGAAGAUGAAGAUACCGAGUACUUUGACGCCAUGGAAGACUCCACAUCCUUCAUCACCGUGAUCACCGACUCCAAAGAGGACAGAAAAGCUGAGGGCGGGACAGGGGCAGUCUCUGUGGACGACUGGACCACAGCAGACAAUGUGCUAGACGGUACCUCACCUGGGCCCAAGGGUCCACCCAAAGUCAGGAGGAGAUCCCGCAUCCCCGACAAGCCCAGCUACAGCCUUAACCUCUGGAGCAUCAUGAAGAAUUGCAUCGGCCGGGAGCUCUCCAAGAUCCCCAUGCCGGUUAACUUCAACGAGCCCCUGUCCAUGCUCCAGCGGCUGACAGAGGACCUGGAGUACCACCACCUGCUGGACAAGGCGGUGAACUGCACCAGCUCCGUGGAGCAGAUGUGCCUGGUGGCCGCCUUCUCCGUGUCUUCCUACUCGACCACUGUGCACCGCAUCGCCAAGCCCUUCAACCCCAUGCUGGGCGAGACCUUCGAGCUGGACCGCCUCGAGGACAUGGGCCUGCGCUCUCUUUGUGAGCAGGUAAGCCAUCACCCACCCUCGGCUGCACACUACGUCUACUCCAAGCACGGCUGGAGCCUCUGGCAGGAGAUCACCAUCUCCAGCAAGUUCCGGGGAAAAUAUCUCUCCAUCAUGCCCUUAGGUGCCAUCCACUUAGAAUUCCAGGCCAGCGGCAAUCACUACGUGUGGAGGAAGGGCACGUCGACUGUGCAUAACAUCAUCGUGGGCAAGCUGUGGAUCGACCAGACGGGGGACAUUGAGAUCGUGAACCAUAAGACCAAGGACCGGUGUCAGCUGAAGUUCCUGCCCUACAGCUACUUCUCCAAAGAGACGGCCCGGAAGGUGACAGGAGUGGUGAGUGACAACCAGGGCAAGGCCCACUAUGUGCUGUCCGGCUCGUGGGACGAGCAGAUGGAGUGCGCUAAGGUCGUGCACAGCAGCCCCACCAGCCCCAGCCUGGACGGGAAGCAGAAGACCGUGUAUCAGACGCUGCCGGCCAAGCUGCUAUGGAAGAAGUACCCGCUGCCGGAGAACGCCGAGAACAUGUACUACUUCUCGGAGCUGGCGCUGACCCUGAACGAGCACGAGGAAGGCGUGGCGCCCACCGACAGCCGCCGGCGGCCGGACCAGCGGCUGAUGGAGAAGGGGCGCUGGGACGAGGCCAACGCGGAGAAGCAGCGGCUGGAGGAGAAGCAGCGCCUGAGUCGCCGCCGGCGCCUGGAGGCCAGCGCGCGGAGCGGCGGCUUCCUCCCCGAGGACGAGAGGGAGGCGGACGUGUACACGCCGCUGUGGUUCGAGAAGAGGCUGGACCCGCUGACCGGGGACACGGCCUGCGUGUACCGGGGCGGCUACUGGGAGGCCAAGGAGAGGCAGGACUGGCACCGCUGCCCCAACAUCUUCUGA